AACUGGCCUCUCUUCCGCAGGUGAAGUGGCUGAAAGAGGAGUUGGGAUUCCAUCACGCAUUUAACUACAAGACGAAUGACGUCACAGAGGCGCUGAAGCAGGCGGCACCUGACGGCGUCGACGUGUACUUCGACAACGUGGGCGGCGAGAUGAGCAGCGCAAUCAUCAACAGCAUGCGAGAGUACGGUCGCAUCUCCGUGUGCGGCGCGAUAUCUGGAUACAACGAGUCUAAUCUCCCGAAGGCUACCAUCAUCCAGCACGCAGCCAUAUUCAAGCAGCUCCGCAUGGAGGGAUUCAUGUACAUCCGAUGGCACGACCGCUGGGGAGAGGGCAUCGGACAGCUGAUGCAGUGGAUCAGGGAGGGGAAAAUCAAGUACCACGAGACUGUUACCGACGGCUUCCAGAACACUCCCAAAGCCUUUGUUGGCAUGCUGCAAGGAGAGAACCUAGGGAAAGCUGUUGUUAAAGUCUGAAGCGUGAAGCAUACUUCCGUACUAGAUUUGGGCGCAUGAGCAGGGCCAAAGACAAUUUGUUACAGUAUUUUGUGCAGUGAAUUACAAAAGGUAGCUGGAUGACUGGGACAGAAUAUUCUUUAAGAAUUUGUUUGUGCUUUCAUUUUUGUAAACUAAUAAGAAAUAAAUUUUAUAGAAAACCU